UCAUUUAGUUUCUUUAGACAUAGUGUGUAUAGUGUCUUGAAUUUACAUUUCAUUUUACAUUUUAAUAACAAUUUGUCUAAUUUACCUAUGAGGAAUAUAUAUAUUUUUAUCUUUCGAGUUCAGUGUCGGAAAUAAUUUAUUAUUAAUUAAUUAUCGAGAACGAAAAACAUAAAUUCAACAAUUCUGUCAAUAUAUUUGUGGUUUUGGUGGCCUCAGGGUUUUAUUAUAAAAUUUUAAAUUAUAGAUAAAACAUGGAAAACGAUGAAAUUGGCACAGAUUUGGUCAGAUUAGACAAUGGAUUUCUUGUAGAAGAAGAUAGUUAUGUAGUCCACUCUGAUGAUGUCCUAGAGGAAGAAAAUAAUUCUGAUUCCAAUGGUGCAGGUAAACCCCUGAGGGAACAGGAUCGUUUCUUACCUAUUGCUAAUAUUGCUAAAAUUAUGAAAAGAGCAAUACCAGAAAAUGGAAAGAUAGCUAAAGAUGCAAGGGAAUGUGUACAGGAGUGUAUAUCAGAAUUUAUAUCAUUUGUGACAAGUGAGGCAAGUGACAGGUGCCAGGUUGAAAAACGUAAGACAAUCAAUGGUGAAGAUGUCUUGUUUGCAUUGAACACACUUGGCUUUGAUAACUAUGUUGAACCUUUAAAAUUGUAUUUGAAGAAAUUUAGAGAAAUGGCCCUUUCGCCGAAUUCUGUUGUUCCUCCAGGUCACAAUCAAUAAGCUGAAUAAGACGAUUGUUGUAUAUGGGGAGGACGGCACAUCGUGCGUUGCAGCGGAAAAUGAGAAUGAAUCGCAGACGGAAACCACCGUAAUAUACACCUAUCCAAAAGUGAUCGGGGACUUUACAAUCACAUAAAAUGCCAUCAAAUAUUGGCUAAAAUAUAUUAAGUACGUGACUGUGUGGAACUAUAGUGACUGGUGAUGUUUCAUAGAAUAGAAGAGACUGUGUCCGCUACUCGUUGCUGCAAUGUGUCAAUUUCUCUAAUGUUUAUUAAAGUCGUUUAUAAGA